AUGGCGAGUAUUGAUGCUUCGAAAUAUGCCCAUAGUCCUGUUCACAAGGCUGUAGUCAUCAAAGAUUAUGCUGGUCUCAGGAGGAUACUUGGUGGCCUUCCACGGCUUCGUGACCCUGCUGAGAUUCAAACUGAAUCGGUUUCACUAGCCGAGGAAUCCAAGGCUGAGAGUAUUUCGGUCAUGAUUGAUCGGCGCGAUGUCCCCAACCGUGAGACUCCUCUCCACUUGGCUGUUAGACUUGGUGACGAGACUGCUACCGAGAUGCUUAUGCUUGCUGGUGCAGAUUGGAGCUUGCAAAAUGAAUAUGGAUGGAGUGCACUUCAGGAAGCAAUAUGUAAUCGGGAGGAAGGGAUUGCAAGGAUCAUAGUUAGGCAUUACCAGCCACUGGCGUGGGCAAAAUGGUGUAGAAGGUUGCCACGGUUGAUUGGGACAAUGAGAAGGAUGAGGGAUUUCUACAUGGAAAUCACAUUUCACUUUGAGAGCUCUGUCAUCCCUUUUAUUUCGAGGAUUGCACCUUCUGAUACUUAUAAAAUCUGGAAGAGGGGUGCAAAUUUGAGGGCUGAUAUGACUUUGGCUGGUUUUGAUGGUUUUAGAAUUCAGCGUUCUGAUCAGAGUGUUCUUUUUCUUGGUGAUGGUUCCGAGGACGGGAAGGUCCCUGCGGGGUCCCUUUGCAUGAUCUCCCACAAAGAUAAGGAAGUGAUGAACGCAUUGGAUGGCGCUGGUGCUCCAGCAACUGAAGCGGAAGUCCAGCAAGAAGUGGCUGCCAUGUCUCAAACCAGUAUAUUCCGGCCUGGCAUUGAUGUGACUCAGGCAGUUCUUUUGCCUCAGUUGACAUGGAGACGGCAGGAGAAAACGGAAAUGGUCGGGCCAUGGAAGGCUAAGGUGUAUGAUAUGCACAAUGUGGUUGUGAGCAUCAAAUCCAGAAGGGUUCCAGGGGCUAUGACAGAUGAUGAGCUCUUCUCAUCUUCCAAUGAGAAUGAAACAGAGAGUGAGGACCUUAAUGAUCUUCUGACUGAGGAAGAAAGAAGGCAACUUGAAACUGCACUUAAGUUGGAUUCAUCAAAUUUGAGCAAUGAGAAUGGUGAUGAGAUUGUUGGACACCGGCAUAGUUCUUACGAGCAAAGGGAGAUUCCCAUCGAAGAUGUAAAUGGUUAUGGAAAUGGAGAAACUAAGCAGGAAAAGAAAGGAUGGCUUGGUGGGUGGAGGAAACGAGAUACUAAACAUGAUGGGCAGAAUAGGGUUGCCCUUCCAAGAAGUUCCCUUUGUGUAGACGAGAAGGUAAGUGAUCUGCUUGGGGAUUCACCAUCUAGAAGUCAGAACAAACCAGCAAGGCAUUCCAUGGAGAUUGCUGUGAAGAGGGAUGAGCAUCCAAGAGGAAGAGAUACAAAACUGUCUUCAUCAGCAACCUCUGAUAGUGGAAACCGCCACAAGGAUGCCAGCCGUGAGAGUGAAUACAAGAAAGGCUUAAGGCCUACUCUCUGGCUUUCCCCAAAUUUUCCAUUACGAACUGAAGAGCUCCUGCCAUUGCUUGACAUUCUAGCGAACAAAGUUAAGGCUAUACGACGAUUAAGAGAACUGCUCACGACAAAACUUCCAAUGGGUACCUUUCCGGUCAAGGUUGCUAUUCCAGUGGUUCCCACUAUCAGAGUUUUGGUCACGUUUACAAAGUUCGAAGAACUAGAGCCGUUGGAUGAGUUCUCAACGCCUCCUUCAAGUCCUACUGCUACAGGCAGAGAAAGCCCAGCACUGAUGCAGGCCUCAAGUUCAUCUUGGUUUCAGUGGAUAAAAACUCCCUACAACCGCCCAGACACUUCUGCAGGUAGUUCAAGCAGUAGGAUAGAAAAUAUUCAAGACCCAUUUGGAAUUCCUCCAGAUUACACGUGGAUUACAGCCGAGGCAAAGAAAAAGAAAAUGCAGGAGAAGAGCAAAUCAAAGAAAGGAAAAAGUCGUGUCCAGUGA